AAGCCAGUUCGUCAUGUGCCUUUUAACUGCAUUAAAAGAAGCACGGCUGUUUCGAGCUGAAGUGCGUAGAAAUGUUGAUAUCAAAACUUUAUUUCCAAUUGCCAUUUCGUUUAGUAUGAAUUUACUGUCAGAUAUGUUAUUUGAAUAUCAAGCAUUGUGAUUUAACGUCAAUACGCGCCAUUCGCAGUACAUCUCAGACAUUGAGAAGAAACUUUACAUCAUGUCUUCCCUGCUUCUGAGGAUUUUACACGGGUUUGGUCCACCAUUGCACAGGCAGUUAUUCAAGUGGCCGUUUGUUUUAGCGGCUGGCAAGAAAGAUCUCAUUGAUCUGCCUGUAUUAAAUGAAGAAGAUCUGGAGGAGCAAUUCGUCAGAGGUUCAGGACCUGGAGGACAAGCCACCAACAAAACCAGCAACUGUGUGGUGCUCAAACACCUCCCCACAGGCAUUGUAGUGAAGUGUCAUCAGACCAGAUCAGUGAACUCCAACAGAAAACUGGCCCGAGACAUUUUAAGAGAGAAACUGGAGGUCGAGUAUAAAGGUGAGGAAAGUGAACUGCUGAGAAGGCAAAGGGAAUCCAUCCAGAAGAAACAGGACAAACGGAGAAAAGUGAAUGAAAACAUUGAGAAAAAGAGAAGAUUCAAAGAGACCCUGAACACAGGAGGAGGAGAUUUCAGCAUCAAAAGUCAAGAACCUUGAUAACAAAUGCAAAUUCUUCUGCACAUGACUCUUGUCAUACAUUGACUAAUGCUGUAACAUCACUUAGAGACUAUAAAAUGUUACGCUUGCCUUUACACAAUCGGUUGAAGGAUAUAAUCUAUAAACAAACAAUGGGAAAUUUAAUUAUCAUUAUUAAAGACCUGAAUGCAA